AUGAAUGAAUACGAGGGCCAAUCACUGGUGCGCGCGUACCAAGCUACCCACAAUGGCCGACAGGCAUGGAACUUCGGCAUUAUCAACCCCGGUGGUACAAUGCUCAGUGUUGGGUCUGCAGCAGUCCCGUACCGACUCAUAUUGCCACUCGCUGAGGACUUUGAGUACGUUUUCUCUAAUCUAGACACUGACCCGGACGAGUUGAGCCCAUUGCGUGGGUGGUCCCUCGAAGAGUUGAUCGGCCGUGUACAAAGGAAGCAUGGGGACAAAGCCGGGAAGUGGCUGGUAGAUGCGGAGAAAGUGGGAAAGUGGUGGAUUGAGGAGCAGAAGAGACUAUGGAAUUACCAAUAA